GCAGAGCGCCUCGGCUCCAUAAACAGAACCCGGCUCCUCUGUGGACACGGCUCCUCUGUGGACACGGCUCCUCUGUGGACACGGCUCGCACCGGAGUCACUGCGGAACUUUUCCAGAACUUUUCCAGAGAUUCUACGGAUUGUGUCGGUGCUCCACUCGGGCGCACACUGUCCCGGACCUCUUCACCGUUUGUGAACGUGGAGCGCGAUGUGCGUCCGUGCGCGUCUGUGUGACGGCUCGCUCCGUGCGUAACUGCGCAUCCUGUUUCUUCUCUUUGGUGAAACAUGGCUUCGUGCUGUCGCCUCGCGCUGCUGCUGUUUUACGCGUGGAGCCACAGCGGAUCAUGCGCGAACCUGCGCGCGGACCACAGGCGCAGGCUGGACGUGAAGCACGGCGCGAAGGACCUGAGCGGGGCGCACCUGAGCGGGGCGCACCUGAGCGGGGCGCACCUGAGCGGGGCGCACCUGAGCGGGGCGCACCUGAGCGGGGCGCACCUGAGCGUCCCGGACACGCUGACGGAACACAUGCACACGCUUUACGCCAAGUACGCGCGCGCGGGAUACACGUUUAAAGACGGAAACACGGUGCGCAGCUUCAAAGCGCACUGGGGUUUUCUCGGGGGUCGACAGGUGCUGACCUUUAACUUGACGUCUCUGACCCUGUCGGAGGCGGUGCUCUCGGCGACGCUGCACUUCUACACAGGGCACCUGCCGCGCACCAGACGACAGGUGCCCCUGGACGUGUGGAGUUUUGGGUCGGACCACGUGCACGCUCUGGACCACACGCACGCUCUUGGUCACGUGCGCUUUGACGUGUGGGCGGGGCGUGAGGGGGUGUGGCAGUGGAGGGACAUUACAUCGGCCAUAAACCAGGCAAAGGGUCGUGGCCAGCUGCUAGUGGGGGUGGAGCUUAGCUCUCACAGACCACCGCCGUACCCACCCUACAUCCUAGUGUUCGCUAACGACUCUGCCAUCUCUGACCCCGACAGUCUACAGCGCCACCACCUGCCCACAGCCGACAAUGCAGCGCACCGACACAACAGCACUAAGACUCCGCCCCCUCGCCACCGCCGCUCUGUCAACCUCUUGUCGCCCCUGCACAACAACGAGCUGCCCGAGGGGGACUAUCCCCGGCAGGAACUACCUGAGGGGGACUACCCCCGGCAGGACCAUCAGGGGAGGAACUACCCCCGGCAGAAGCACCACAGGCAGGAGCAUCAGAGGCAGGAGUACUCGGGGAGAGACUACCCCCGACAGGAGCAGGCAGGUUCAGACUACCCAAAGCACAAAGUGCAGAAGUGGGAGGAGCCUAUGACCAAACCAGCGCGACGGGCUAAAAAGAAGAGCAGUGCGUCAGGCACACAGAAGGGGGCGCUGCUGCAGUUCGACGAGCGCACGCUGAAGAAGGCUCGGAGGAAGUGGGCGGAGCCUCGAAGCUGUGCACGGCGUCACCUAAAGGUCGACUUCGCCGACAUUGGCUGGAACGACUGGAUCAUCUCCCCCAAGUCCUACGAUGCGUUCUACUGCGCCGGCACCUGCCACUUCCCCAUGGCCAAGGCGUUGAAGCCGUCGAAUCACGCCACCAUCCAGAGCAUUGUACGUGCAGUGGGCGUGGUCCCGGGCAUCCCUGAGCCGUGCUGUGUCCCUGAGAAGAUGUCUGCCCUCAGCAUCCUCUUCUUCGACGAGCAGGCCAACGUGGUGCUCAAAGUCUACCCCAACAUGAGCGUGGAGACGUGUGCGUGCAGAUGAGAACCGAGGAACCAAAGACUCUACAGCAGGAACAUCUACAGAACAUGGACCAAACCAACACCAGAGCCCAGAUUUAAAACUGGACCAAAACCAGACCAAAACUGGAAGAAAAAAAUAACUAAAAGGACUAAAACCGGACCAAACCAAGACCAAAACCAGAUCAAAUACUGGAUCAGAGCCAAGACCAAAACAGACCAAACUUGGAUCUAAAAUUGGACCUGAAUCAGAACUCAAACUGGACAAUAUUUACACCAAACUGGACAACAGAGGAGCGCUUAGCCCCAGGCUCAAGAAUGAGAGACAGACUGUGGGAAACUGUGCCCAAGAUGGCCACCGCACAGACAGCUCUAAGAUGGCCGCCACACAGACGGCCCUAAGAUGGCCGCCGCACAGACAGCUCUAAGAAGGCCGCUGCACAGACGGCUCUAAGAUGGCCGCCGCACAGACGGCUCUAAGAUGGCCACAAACAAUCAGCUCUUAGAUGGCCACAAAAAAAGACAGCUCUAAGAUGGCCACAAAAAAGACAGCUCUAAGAUGGCCACAAAACAGACAGCUCUAAGAUGGCCACAAAACAGACAGCUCUAAGAUGGCCACAAAACAGACAGCUCUAAGAUGGCCACAAGAAAGACAGCUCUAAGAUGGCCACAAAACAGACAGCUCUAAGAUGGCCACAAAACAGACAGCUCUAAGAUGGCCACAAAAAAGACAGCUCUAAGAUGGCCGCCACACAGAAGGACUGAACUUCAGUCUCAAGCCUCUUUAUAAUGAAACAGUAACACAUCAGAUUUAUGUAGGGAGUUUGGACUCUCAAAGACGCUUUGAGUCUGAAGUAUAUUUAAACAAAUAUAUUUAUAUAAACUACUUAACCACAAAGGACAGUGAAGGAACAGCCUAUCAGACGACAACAUGGGACUGAACAGCCAAUCAGACGAGAGGCCCACACUUUAAAGACUUUUAUCACUCUUUUCAUACAUGUACAAAUCUAUAUUUUUAUA